AUGGUUAAAAAAGCAGGGGUUUUAGGAGCCACAGGUUCUGUAGGCCAGAGAUUCAUACUAUUGUUAUCAAAACAUCCUGAAUUUGAAAUUCAUGCAUUGGGAGCUUCAUCAAGGUCUGCAGGAAAGGCUUACAAGGAUGCCGUUAGUUGGAAACAAACCGACAUUUUACCUGAGUCAGCACAGAACAUAGUUGUACAAACUUGUGAGCCAGAAGGCAACUUUAAAGAAUGUGACAUUGUAUUCUCAGGAUUAGACUCAGACGUUGCAGGUGAAGUGGAGAAGAAGUUUGUUGAAGCUGGAUUGGCGGUUGUGUCAAAUGCAAAAAACUACAGAAGGGAGACAGACGUUCCAUUGGUUGUUCCAAUUGUAAAUCCUGAGCAUUUAGAUAUUAUAGAAAACAAAGUAAAAAAAUCGAAAGCUGAGGGAAAGAAAACUGGUUAUCUUAUUUGUAUUUCCAAUUGUUCCACAGCAGGUUUGGUCGCUCCAUUGAAACCAUUAGUGGAAAAGUUUGGCCCAAUUGACGCAUUAACAGCCACUACUUUACAAGCUAUUUCUGGUGCUGGAUUUUCUCCAGGUGUUUCAGGGAUGGAUAUUUUGGACAAUAUUGUCCCAUAUAUUAGCGGAGAGGAGGACAAGUUGGAAUGGGAAACAAAGAAAAUCCUUGGUUUACUUAAUAAGGAUGGUACCGAAGUGGUAAACAUUCCCGAGGAAAACAUGAAAGUUAGUGCUCAAUGUAACCGUGUGCCAGUUAUUGAUGGACACACUGAAUGCAUAUCACUUAGAUUUGCUAACAGGCCCCCACCAUCAGUGGAAGACGUGAAAAAGGCAUUGAAAGAGUAUGAAUGUGAUGCUUCAAAGUUAGGUUGUCAUUCAGCACCAAAACAAACUAUACAUGUUUUGGAACAAGUGGAUAGACCACAGCCAAGAUUGGACAGGGAAAGGGACAAUGGAUACGGUGUUUCCGUUGGUAGAAUUAGAGAAGACUCCUUGUUAGACUUCAAGAUGGUUGUUUUGUCACAUAAUACCGUCAUUGGAGCUGCUGGUUCUGGUAUCUUGAUUGCAGAAAUAUUGAAAGCUAGAGGUUUAAUCUAA